GCCAUAUAAAACCCUCUCUCACAUUUCCAUUCAAAACCCUCAUGCAUUUUUUGCACUUGCCUCUCUUCCUUUCACUCUCCGAGAACCAAGGCAAAGCCAACCGAGGUUUUAACUGCUAGAAGUGAUGGCUAUGGCUGAUAGGCACCAGCACCCAACUGUCAUGCAAAAGUUUGCUGGCCAGCUCCAUCACAGCUCCAGCGUUUCCCAAGAUGUUCAAAACCGCUUUCAAAGUCCUGCUUUGUACAAGAGAAAUUUUGCAUAUGGAAAUUACUCCAAUGCAGGAUUGCAAAGUCCCAUGACUCAGUCAUGCCGAGCUACACAGGAUUUGUCAUUGCUUGCCUCACCUGUGUUUGUCCAAGCCCCAAAAGAGAAAGGCUUUUCUGGCUUUGUUAUUGAUUUUCUUAUGGGUGGAGUUUCUGCUGCUGUGUCCAAAACCGCUGCUGCUCCAAUUGAGCGUGUGAAGCUCUUGAUCCAGAACCAGGAUGAGAUGAUCAAGACUGGUCGGCUAUCUGAACCCUACAAGGGAAUUCUAGAUUGUUUCAAGCGAACAAUGAAAGACGAGGGCGUUGUAGCAUUGUGGAGAGGGAACACAGCUAAUGUCAUCCGCUAUUUCCCCACACAGGCCUUGAACUUUGCUUUUAAAGAUUACUUUAAGAGGCUGUUCAACUUCAAGAAAGACAAGGAUGGCUACUGGAAAUGGUUUGCAGGUAACUUGGGUUCUGGUGGUGCUGCUGGUGCCUCUUCCCUGCUCUUUGUCUACUCUUUGGAUUAUGCUCGAACCCGUCUUGCAAAUGAUGCUAAGGCUGCAAAGAAGGGAGGAGAGAGGCAAUUCAAUGGCAUGAUCGAUGUCUACAGGAAGACUCUCCAAUCGGAUGGUAUUGCUGGCCUUUACCGUGGCUUCAACAUUUCUUGUGUUGGCAUCAUUGUUUACCGUGGUUUAUACUUCGGAAUGUAUGACUCAUUGAAGCCGGUGCUCCUGACUGGAAAGAUGCAGGAUAGUUUCUUUGCUAGCUUUGCUCUUGGUUGGCUCAUCACAAAUGGUGCUGGCCUUGCCUCGUAUCCAAUUGAUACAGUCCGGAGAAGAAUGAUGAUGACAUCUGGUGAGGCUGUCAAGUACAAGAGCUCCCUCGAUGCAUUCUCUCAAAUCCUUAAGAAUGAGGGUGCCAAAUCUCUCUUUAAGGGAGCUGGUGCAAAUAUCCUCCGUGCCAUUGCUGGUGCUGGUGUGCUUGCAGGUUAUGACAAGCUUCAGUUAAUCGUGUUUGGUAAGAAGUAUGGCUCAGGUGGCGCCUAAUUAAGAUGAACAAAGAGACAUCUCCACUCCCAUAUAACUAUAGAUGUUGAUGAAAAUCUUUUUGAAUUCUGCUUUUCAUGAAUUUAUUCUUUAUUCAAUUGAAUAACUUAGUUUAGAGGACUUUCGCUACGAAAAAAUUGUUUCCUUCUUGAAGGAUUUUUGUUCUCCCAUAAUCUUCGAUUAUCAUUCAAAGCAGUUGCAAUUUCACUUUGUUGGAUUAUUGAUUCAUAAGCAAUUUUAAGUAUCGCCUUUUGAAUUUUA